AAAAAAAAGUUCUUGAUCCGAUCUAGAAAUGCGAUCAGGCAUGCGAUCGGAGUGCAAAUAAAACUUUUAUUAUUACGUUCUAACAUGCAUAACGGUCGGGUAAGUCGCUAUCUGACAUUUAAAUGAAAUUGACUUAUACUUUUUUUGCGGUAGUUUACGAAGGACGCAAUGUGAAUGUAACCAGAAAAUGUAUCGAAUCUGGGAUUUUGUGUAUUGUAUUCAACCUGAUCAUCGAGCUGAAAUCGGUUGAAUCCCUGCUGUCGAAUGAUCAUCGAUUUACACAGUUGUACGAGGAAGAAUGUUUUGCAAGUCCGAUCUGUGCUUGAUCAUAGGCCUGAUCGUUUUUGUAUUCGAUCUCACGUGGAGUCAACUAAUCAGGCCAGUUUAUGUGUACGAGGGUCUGAUCAAGAGUAUCCGUGACUAUUUUAAUAACACGUGCAUUGUAUUCUUGCACAGUAAUCCGAAUCUUAUUGAAACACAAGGACUUAUGGAAAAUGAACACUUACUGGCUCUUCAGAAAUACCUGAGCAUGACCCAUCACAUACGCACCACUUUCAUGGAUUUUCAUAUGUUCAACACACGAAUUGGGCAAAGUUAUUUUCACAUCAAGAGACCUUUGUUCAUUCUGCUUAACGACCAUGAAGAUACAAGGGAUGGUUUUGCUCAUCAGAUUGCAACGUGGAUCGCGAUGGCUUAUCCCACUUGGAUAGUAUUCUUCAGUAACGAGACCAAAUUCGAAGACUUUUUCUUUGAAAUAUACGUACCAUUUGACUGUAAGUUCAUGGUGAUUCAGAAUAGCCCCAAUGUAAUCGGCAGAGAAAUCAUCACUGAAGUUUAUCAAGUUGACAAAGGAAGAGAAUUAAGAUCGUCGCAGUUCGGUAUAUGGGAUAUAAGGAAUGGUCUGAAGGGUCCUAAGCAUGGCCUAUUUUUAAGAAGGAACAAUCUUUUCGGCCAGAAUAUACGCGUUACGUCAAUCCAUGACCCUCCUAUCAGUUUGUUUCAUCGCAAUGAACGAAAUGAAAUAACAAAAAUAAGUGGCUUUUUUGGAGAAGUAAUACUACUAUUGCAGGAGGCAUUAAAUUGCACAUUCACCUACAAGGAGGCCAAAUCGUGGGGUAUGUGUCUACCAAACGGAUCGUGUACGGGUGCGAUCGGAAUGUUAAUGAACAAUGAUGUCGACUUUGCGGCAACAGAGUUUAUGAUGACCUCGGAUAGAUUAGAUGCUAUCAGUUUUACAACGCCUAUUUACACAACCAAAUGCCGUGCGUAUAUUAAAAGACCUGCAUCAUCUGAUGUAAAAUGGGAUGCCUACACGGCACCGUUCUCCACAAAUAUCUGGCGUGCCAUCGCAUUUUUCAUUGUACUUACGAGCGGAACAAUUGUGCUCAUUCAGAGAUUAUUUACAGUAACAUCUCCAUAUCUUCGAAAUGACAACCGUUUAAGAUUUACAGAAAUUUUGUUUUUCGUCACAGGAGCGUUUUGUAAUCAAGGUAUGAAACAAUCUAUACUGGAUCCUGUGAGAAUUGUGCAUUUCAUAAUUCAUCUAUCGGCUGUCGUGAUAGUAGCUGCGUAUUCCGCUGCCUUGAUUAGUUUCCUUACUGUUAAAACGUUUAUCAUGCCCUUUACGACUAUGGAUGGUCUUCUGAAGGAUAAGACCUAUCGUUUUGGCGUGAUCGGAGACUCGGCAGAUUUUAGUUUUUUUCAGAAUACAUCGGAUAAAAUAAUGAACGUGCUGUUCGAUGAAUUACUAAUGAAGGAAACUGAUUUACCGAAUAAUUACUUGGACGGCUUAGAACGCGUUUGUAAGGAUGAUAAAUAUGCCUUUAUGACAUUGGACAAUAUGGCAACAUUGCUGCAGCAAAAAGUCGACUGCAAGUUGGAGCCAUUGGAUGUCAUCACGCAGACUACCAUAGCAAUGGCUUUGCAACCAAACAGCCCGUACCGUGGUAUCAUUAACGCAAAUAUUCUUCUUUUGAAAGACAAUGGGAUUCUGCAGCGAUUGCUGGAGACACAAUGGUCGGUUCAGCUAAGCGGAGGGAGUGAAAAAUCAUCGUGGAAAUCAGUCGAGAUCGGCGAUAUUGUGCCGCUGCUACUUUUUAUAAUCGCCGCGGUGUUCAUCAGCUGUCUCAUCUGUGUUAUGGAACGCGUCAUUUUUAUGAGCUUUUUCAACCGAAUCAAAAAUAAGUGAAUAAGCCGCGGGUGUAAACUAAAAGUGACGAAUACAAGUAUAAACAGUCGAGGCAAAAACUCGUAGGAUUUGCCUGGCAGUCGUUUCGCUAGUCACCGAGAAACAACA